AUGAAGAAGGAAGAAAAUAAACCGCUUUUGGACGCCGCUGGUGUUCACGAGAAGGAUGAUGCUACAGCAACAGCUAUCUUGAGAAGAAAAAAGAAGGAUAACGCUUUGAUUGUGGAUGAUGCGACAAACGAUGAUAAUUCUGUGAUCACGAUGUCCUCCGCUACGAUGGAACUCUUGGAGUUGUUUAGAGGUGACACCGUGUUAGUGAAAGGUAAAAGAAGAAAAGACACCAUUCUAGUGGUCCUUUCCGACGAUGAAAUGCCUGAUGGAGUUGCCAGAAUCAAUCGUUGCGUGCGUAACAAUUUGAGAGUCAGAUUGAGUGACAUUGUCACGAUUCACCCAUGCCCUGACAUCAAGUAUGCGUCGAGAAUCUCGGUGUUGCCAAUAGCUGACACGGUGGAAGGGAUCACAGGGUCUUUGUUUGAUGUAUAUUUAAAACCCUAUUUUGUUGAGGCUUAUAGACCCGUGCGCAAAGGUGACUUGUUUACGGUGAGGGGUGGAAUGAGGCAAGUUGAGUUCAAGGUUGUCGAUGUCGAACCAGAGGACUUCGCAAUUGUCGCUCAAGAUACCAUCAUUCACUGCGAGGGUGAACCCAUCAACCGUGAGGAUGAGGAGAAUAAUAUGAAUGAAGUUGGUUACGAUGACAUUGGGGGCUGCAAAAAACAAAUGGCUCAAAUUAGAGAAUUAGUGGAAUUACCUUUAAGACACCCACAGUUGUUUAAGUCUAUUGGUAUCAAGCCACCAAAGGGCAUCUUGAUGUACGGUCCCCCGGGUACCGGUAAAACUAUUAUGGCUAGAGCCGUUGCAAACGAAACUGGGGCCUUCUUCUUCUUGAUCAAUGGUCCUGAAAUCAUGUCUAAGAUGGCUGGUGAGUCUGAAUCGAAUUUGAGAAAGGCUUUUGAGGAGGCAGAGAAAAACUCCCCAUCCAUUAUCUUCAUUGACGAAAUUGACUCUAUUGCGCCUAAAAGAGAUAAGACGAAUGGUGAAGUCGAGAGAAGAGUUGUUUCGCAAUUGUUAACUUUGAUGGAUGGUAUGAAAGCAAGAUCCAACGUCGUCGUGAUAGCUGCAACCAACAGACCAAAUUCCAUUGAUCCUGCCUUGAGAAGAUUUGGAAGAUUCGACAGAGAAGUUGAUAUCGGCGUCCCAGAUGCUGCUGGCCGUUUGGAGAUCUUGAGAAUCCAUACAAAGAAUAUGAAGUUGGCCGAUGAUGUUGACUUGGAAGCGAUCGCAUCUGAGACUCAUGGUUUCGUUGGUGCCGAUGUUGCGUCAUUGUGUUCUGAAGCUGCUAUGCAACAGAUUCGUGAGAAGAUGGAUCUAAUUGAUUUAGAGGAGGAGACCAUAGACGCAGAGAUCUUGGACUCUUUGGGAGUCACGAUGGAAAACUUCAGAUUUGCCUUGGGUAACUCAAAUCCUUCCGCAUUGCGUGAAACUGUCGUUGAGAAUGUGAAUGUUACAUGGGAUGACAUCGGUGGUUUGGACGACAUCAAGAAUGAGUUGAAGGAAACCGUUGAGUACCCAGUUUUGCACCCCGAUCAAUACCAGAAGUUUGGCUUGGCUCCUUCUAAAGGUGUCUUGUUUUUCGGACCACCAGGUACCGGUAAGACUUUGUUAGCGAAGGCGGUGGCUACGGAAGUAUCUGCUAACUUCAUCUCUGUUAAAGGACCUGAGUUGUUGAGUAUGUGGUACGGUGAAUCUGAAUCAAAUAUUAGAGAUAUUUUUGACAAGGCUAGAGCUGCAGCUCCAACCGUGGUAUUUUUGGAUGAAUUGGACUCGAUUGCCAAGGCCAGAGGUGGAUCACAUGGUGAUGCUGGCGGAGCGUCUGACAGAGUUGUAAACCAGUUGUUGACUGAGAUGGAUGGUAUGAACGCAAAGAAGAAUGUGUUUGUCAUUGGUGCGACGAAUAGACCUGAUCAAAUUGAUCCAGCUUUGUUGAGACCGGGUCGUUUGGAUCAAUUGAUUUAUGUGCCAUUGCCAGAUGAGGCAGCAAGAUUGUCCAUCUUGCAGGCCCAGUUGAGAAACACACCCUUGGAACCAGGAUUGGAAUUGACAGAAAUCGCGAAAAUCACAAAUGGCUUUUCUGGUGCUGAUUUGUCUUAUAUUGUGCAGAGGUCUGCCAAAUUCGCCAUCAAAGAUUCCAUUGAGGCACGUGUCAGACUUUCCAAGGAGAAGGGGGACGUCAAGCAAGAGGGAAAUGACGACGUUGAUAUGAGUGAUAAAACCAAGGGUGAAGAGGAAGAGGAUGAGGAGGAUCCUGUGCCUUACAUCACCAAGAACCACUUCGAAGAGGCCAUGAAGACAGCUAAGAGAUCUGUCUCCGAUGCAGAGUUACGUCGUUAUGAGGCUUAUGCUCAACAGCUACAAGCCUCAAGAGGUCAGUUCACGAAUUUUAGAUUUUCUGAGAAUGACGGUAUCGCAGGCGAAUCUGGUGCAAGUGCAGCUUUUGCUAAUGAAGCUGAAGAGGACGACUUGUACAGUUAA